GGCACGGUCGCGCCGCUCGACGCCGUGAUCGGAUGUACGUUGUGAGCACGAUCAUCAAUACGUGCGAAACGAAAUAUAGUGAACGUGGACUGUAACAUAAAAUUAAGUUAAAAAGUUUAAAUAUUGACUCUGAAAAGUGAAAUACAGUGAGCGUUAUCGAAUUAAAAAAAUAUUACAAAAUUAAUUCGCCGACGAUGUACGUAAAUAACAUAAGGACUGUUUUAUAAAUCAAGUAUUACUCGUUGAUUAAUAAAUUGAUGGAUACGUAUCCGGCGGGGGGACGACGCAAACAAAUGCCGACGGAGAAAACAUGACAACGAGCCAUUUGUGCUUUAUUUUCUUCGCCCCUGAAAUUUAAGUUAUCAAAAUGGCUCUCUACUCUUCGAAAACUAUCAAGCGAGUUUUGUUGUGCCUCGUCGUCGUAUUGAAUGUCGCGGAUCAGAGUUCUAUGCCGCUGAAAUACGAAGCCCCCGAUGACUGCCAGUGGUGGCUGAGAGGCCCCAACGAUGCCCACGAAGUUUCCCUCACGUGUAAACUCCGAACCAUAAACAGUGAAUUCGACACCACCAACUUCAGUGUUAUUCCCUCGGAGCACACCACAUCCCUCCGUAUAGAGUGCAACGAAGAAAUGAUGUACAAGAGUACGUUAAACGACCGUAGUUUUGCGCAUUUAAUCAAACUACGUGAACUUGUUUUAGAUAACUGUAAAAUCGGAAGAUGGCCGCCCGGCGUACUAUCUGGAUUACGAGACCUCCGAAAUUUAACGAUCAGAACUAAAAACACCGAGUGGGCCGCUAUGAGUUUAGAAAUAGCGUCGGAGAGCUUUACGGCUGUGCGCCAACUUGAAAAGUUAGACUUAAGUUUUAAUAAUAUUUGGUCGUUUCCUGAGAAUCUCUUCUGCUCGCUCUCAAACUUAGUCUACUUAAAUGUCUCAUCGAAUAGAUUGCAAGACGUGAGCGAUCUAGGCUUUAGAGAAAGGGCCAUUCAUCAAGCUUUAGUGAGUGAACACGACGCAGUCGAAGCUUCUUCAGUACCAUUACCGCAUAGUUCAUGUUCAUUAGAUAUUGAAGUGUUAGACGCGUCGAGCAAUAACUUUGUGCUCAUGCCAGAAAAUGGAUUUAUGGCUCUGAGAAGACUAAAGGAGUUACAUAUUCAUGACAAUGAAAUAUCUAUGGUCGCCGACAGAGCUUUGUCGGGAUUGAAACAACUGCAAAUAAUAGAUAUGUCUAAUAAUAAAAUAGUGGCCCUUCCUCAAGAUUUAUUCAAAGACUGCAGGCCGGCUAUAAAAGAAAUUUAUUUGCAAAACAAUUCAAUCAGUGUCCUUUCACCGAGUUUGUUUUCGAAUCUCGAUCAGCUGUUAGCAUUGGAUUUAUCAAACAAUCAUUUAUCAAGUAAAUGGAUAAACGAAAAUACCUUUACCGGUCUCAUUAGGAUGGUGCUACUAAAUCUAUCGAACAACCGACUAACAAAACUCGAGCCAAGAAUUUUCAAAGAUUUGUACACUUUACAAAUUUUGAAUGUUCAACACAAUAUGCUGGAAAGUAUAGCUGCAGAUACAUUUGCACCAAUGAAUAAUUUGCAUACACUUAUUUUGUCAUACAACAAAAUUUCUCACAUCGAUGCAUAUGCACUAAAUGGACUCUAUGUGCUAUCUUUAUUAUCAAUUGAUAACAAUCAUCUCGAAGAGCUGCAUCCUGAGGCCUUCAGAAACACAUCAUCACUUCAAGAUUUAAACCUGAAUGGAAACCGGCUGAAGAAAGUACCUAUUGCUCUGAGAAAUAUGCGUUUACUUAGAACACUAGAUCUUGGUGAAAAUCAAAUAACAUCCUUAGAGGAAUCCGGCUUCGUGGGACUACACAAUGUUUAUGGUUUACGCCUUAUUGGUAAUAAAAUUGAAAACAUAAGCAAAGAUGUGUUUACUGACUUGCCGUCUUUGCAAAUUCUAAAUUUAGCGCGAAACAAGCUAAGACGCAUCGACAUGAACGCCUUUGAGACGUUAACAAAUCUACAAGCAGUAAGAUUAGACGCUAACCAGCUAACCGACAUCCAAGGACUGUUUGUCAAUAUCCCUUCUCUGUUGUGGUUGAACGUAUCAGAUAACCAAAUAGAAUGGUUCGACUACGCCGUAAUUCCUACAGGUUUACAGUGGCUCGAUCUUCACAGCAACAACAUAAAAGAGUUGAGCAAUAACUACCGUUUGGACAAAGAAUUACGUUUACAAACGCUCGACGCGAGUUUCAACAAAAUGACAAGAAUUCACACCUACUCUAUACCUAGUAGUGUCGAACUUUUGUUCCUCAACGACAAUCAAAUAACACAAGUGGAAGCCCAAACUUUCGUCGGAAAAACGAAUUUAACGAGAGUCGAUUUAUAUGCAAAUCAGAUAACCAGCAUGGAUCUUAAUGCGCUGCGUCUAACGCCAGUUGAUCCAGGUCGACCAUUACCAGAAUUUUAUAUCGGCGGAAAUCCAUUUCAAUGUGACUGUACUAUGGAAUGGCUGCAGCGGAUCAAUAAACUUGACCAUUUGCGACAACAUCCACGAGUUAUGGACUUAGAAAGCAUUUAUUGUAAAUUACUUUACAAUCGUGAAAGGACCUAUAUUCCCCUAAUCGAGGCGGAGUCAUCGCAGUUUUUGUGUACAUAUAAAACUCAUUGUUUUACGUUGUGUCAUUGUUGUGAUUUUGACGCGUGUGAUUGUGAAAUGACGUGUCCGUCGAACUGUACGUGUUAUCAUGACCAACCGUGGUCAGCGAACAUAGUGGACUGUUCCGCGGCCGGGUACUCCGAGAUACCUAACACUAUACCUAUGGACGCUACUGAACUCUAUUUAGAUGGUAACAAUUUUGGUGGUCUAACGAGUCAUGCUUUUAUUGGACGUAAGAAUUUAAAAAUAUUGUAUGCUAAUAACUCUAAUAUCGAUGCGCUGUAUAAUAAUACAUUUAGUGGACUAAAACGCUUAACAGUGUUGCAUUUAGAGAAGAACAAUAUCAAAGAGUUGCUAGGUUUUGAACUAUCACCUUUAGAAAGUUUGCGUGAGUUACAUCUACAAGACAAUAAAAUACAUUACAUCGAUAACAGAACUUUCAUGGAGUUGAGACAUUUAGAAGUUUUACGGUUAGAGGGGAAUAACAUUUAUAGUUUCUCAGUGUGGCAAUUCACGAUGAAUCCUUAUUUGGUAGAGAUUAGUCUCUCUCGUAAUCCUUGGUCGUGCGACUGCCAGUACAUGCAUAAAUUUAGAAGCUGGUUUAAAAAUAAUUUAGGCAAAGUAGAGGACUCCGAUAAAAUAACUUGCAUUUUUGAUAACGUAACGAACACCGUAGGACCGCAAAUGAUAGAUUUCAACUCCACAAUAUGCACGAGUCACAUGGGAGGAAGCUCAUCAAUAAUAGAAAAUCAAGUCAUUAACGACUAUUUGCCUCUGCUUUUAAUAUCGCUCUGUGUAUUCGUAAUCAGCUCCGCUCUAAUAUGCGGCGUGUUUUAUUGGAGGCGCGAGCUCCGAGUCUGGAUUUAUUAUCACUGCGGUUUCCGCAUGUGUUACAAAAGCACGGUGUUCGAUGACGAGGCCGAUAAAGAUAGAUUAUUUGACGCCUACAUAAGCUACAGCGUAAAAGACGAGGCUUUCGUUGCCCAGAUGCUAGCGCCCGGCCUAGAAUCCUCGGACCCAAGUUUUCGUCUCUGCCUCCACUACCGAGAUUUUAACGCCUCGGCCUACGUGGCGGACACGAUAAUAGAGGCCGUCGAGUCCUCGAAGCGGACCAUAAUAGUCCUAUCUAAAAACUUUAUCAACAACGAGUGGUGUCGGUUCGAAUUCAAAACGGCCCUCCACGAGGUGUUAAAAGAAAGACGAAGAAGACUGAUAAUAAUACUACUGGGCGAGCUGCCGAACAGGGACAUAGAUCCCGAGUUGAGAUUAUGUUUGAAAGCGAACACGUGCAUCGAGUGGGGCGAUAGACAGUUCUGGCAGAAGUUGCGAUUCGCGAUGCCGGACUUGCGGAAGUGUCAGUACCACCGGUCGACUGUGAACAUUUACGCGUCUGUGUCGCCGGUCGGCGGGCGGGCCCCGGCGCCGCCGCCGCCGCCGCCGCCCGGCAAGCUGCCGCCGCUGCUGGGCGACGCGCUGGGCGACCGGCUCGCGGUGCCGCACGACCACCACCGCCUCCCCCCGCACGCCCAGCUCUGGGCGUAGCGUAUGCUUCAACGCAGGUAACUCUCGAUCUGCGACGCUUAAGCGUAUUAGUCCAAAAAAGUGAUAAUUAAUUUUAAGUUACUGUAUUUAUUGUGUACAUGCCGCAAUUGUAUAGCUAGUUUUAUUUAUGAAUAUUCCUAAUAAUUCUGCGAUAGUAACUCGUAGGAACUAAAACGUUGUAAAUAACGCAAAGUUAUGACGAUUCCGAUGCUUAAAUUAUUAUAAUGCCAAAGUUAUAAACUUACUAUGUACAAACACAUUUUUAACUGUUAAUUACAAAUAUGAGACUGUAAAUAAUUAUUUUUUAUUUUUGUAUAUAAU